AGAAUGUUAAAGUGUUUGAUGUUAGGUGAUUCUGGAGUUGGAAAGACUGCAUUUAGUACAGCAUGCCUUAAGAAACCUUUCUAUGAUGAUAUGUCUACGAUUGGUAUUGAGAUGAAUAGUAUUACAUUGCCAAACGAUAAAAAGGUUACAAUGUAUGAUACAGCAGGUCAAGAGAAGUUUAGAGCAAUCACAAGAGCAUACUAUAGGGACAAACAUAUAGUAUUCCUACUCUAUGAGGCAACACGUAGAGAUACAUUUGACAAUUGUAGAUGGUGGGCAAAGGAUAUGUUGGAAAAUUGUGGUGAAAGGAAACCAACUAUAAAGAUCCUUAUUGCAAAUAAGAUUGAUCUAAAGGGAAGAAUGGUCAGUAAGGAGGAAGGCCUCAAGUUGGCCGAAGAUCUAGGCUUCCUCUACUAUGAAUCAAACUCCAGAGGUGAAGAAGGACGAUUCAAGAUUCAAGAG